AAGAAAGGAGUAAAUAAGGAGAACCGAGUGUACAAUAAUACCCCGCAUGCAUUCCGAUUUAUGUAUACUUAUCAUCAUGCGUCGGAUAAUGUGCUAUAGAAAAUAAUAAAAUAAUGGCGUAAUUAAUAUUUAACUUUCAAAAUAUUACCAGUAGAAAAAUGAAAAAUAUUGAUUUUUACCAAUUGUAUGGUAUUUUAGUCAGGUCAGGUCAGGAGAGAAGGCUGCCUGGGUUUUCACUUUUUCAGUUCACAGUUCAUCUGCAAAAAAAAAACAAAAAAAAUCAAUUGCCUUUUCAACUCUACUCUCUCUUCGUUAAUUAAUUUCUAAUUAAUUAAUUAAUUAAAACUUAAUUUAUUCUCCAGAGUCUCUUCAUGAAGGUGUUGUAGUCCAUCGUCACAAUGUCCCAAUCCAUCCCGUCCACCCCCACCCCCACCAUUCCGUCCACCCCCACCAUCACCAGAAGUGACGACGACGACGACAUUGUCGCCACGUCCGACGUUAAGCCUCGACGACCUCCCCCGACCCCUGACAUCACGUCUCGACGACCUCCCCUAACCCCUGACAGCACGCCUCUACGACCUCCCCUGACCCCUGACAGCACGCCUCGACGACCUCCUCUGACCCCUGACAUCACGCCUCGACGACCUCCGUUGACCCCGGCAGUGUCAAACUUUUCUCUCCAGUUUCCAGAUUUAUCGUCAUCAGAAGAAGAAGACGAGGAGGAAGAUGAGCAGCAGCAAGAAGUUGACCAAGAUCGCUCAUACACCAGCAAUGCUGAUGACGACGGAGUGGCCUCACUUUUAGAGGGGGACAUCUCCAUGUCCCGUCUCGUACUGGAGGGCGACGAUGUCGACGACGUGCCCGAAUCCGUCGUCCACUUGACGAAUAUUAGUAGCACAGAGUUAAGCAAUGUCUUGCGACGGCAACGACUCCGUGGUGAAGGGAGAGAUGAGGACGAUGAGGAUACGUUAAGUGAUACCGUAAUGUCCGUCAUUUAUGCUGGUGGGAAACUUGGGGCGGCUUGUUAUCAUCUGGAUACAUCGGAGCUCCUCGUUUUAGCCGAUACUGCGGAAGCGGGGCCAGAUUUUUACGUAUUUCGAUCUUUAUAUCGUCAAAUUGUCCCCAGAUGCCUCCUCAUCAAUGGCGGACAAGACGACGACUUUCGGAAGCUUGCUGACGAUCUUUGUGGAGAAGAGGAAGUGACACGGCCCUUAUUAUCGGAAUCAUCUGCACCACCACCCCAUAACCCACAGGAACCUAAAGCACACACCCAGCUUAUCCUCCUCCAGUCGAAACUGUUCUCUCCGGAAGGCUGCAAGAAUCGCUUGCUCGCCAUCAAAGUCCCGUACGAGCCAAAAGACAGCAGUGACGAGGAGCACAACCUCUUCAUCUCGUCUCUCCUCCCGUUGGGGAAUGAAAAAGCGGUCCGCGCUGCGGGCGCACUUCUCCAAUAUUUGGAUAAGCGAGGGAGAGAACUCUUCCAGAUCGAAUUGGUACAAGGAAUAGUCCCCGUCUUGAGCGUUAGCCCGUGUGGAAUGGACGACAUCGUCAUGGUCGACGACACUGCGUGGAAAUCAUUACAAAUCUUCUCGCUUGACUUGCACCCCUCCUCCGUCAAACAAGGCAUGCACAUCGGCGCAAAGGAGGGUCUCAGCAUAUUCAGCUGUCUCAAACAAGGCUGCUCCACCGGAAUGGGGGCACGCGCCUUGCGCCUCAUGCUACUCCGCCCUUCCCGCGAUGUCUCCCUACUCCGCCGACGCUACGACGUGAUCGAGUACUGCAACCAGCUCAGAAACCUUGAGUUCACCAAGGCAGCGAAAGACUGCUUAAAAACCAUGAAAAAUCUCCCCAAACUUUUGUAUCACUUGACCCUUCUCCACGCCUCCGUCGCGGAAUGGAAAGAGCUCUACAGCACCAUGUUCAGCUGCAUUACACUCGGAGAAAUCUGCGCCGCUCAGCCCAGCGAGGUCACAGCCUUCGCCGAAAUCGGGAAUCCCGCCCAUUUAUCCAUUUUACGCACCUUGACCGGCGAAAUGAUGCAAAUCAUCGACUUCGAAGAAUCCAUCCGUGUCGGACGGAUCGUCGCGCGGGCCGGAAUAGACGACAGGAUCGACACCAAGAAGCACCAACUCUCCUGCCUUCCUGACAUUUUGGCCCUCGUCGCCCGUGAAGAACUCAAUUCUCUCCCCGGCUAUGUUUCCCGGUGUCAAGUCGUCUACAUCCCGGAAGUCGGAUAUCUCCUCAGCAUCGGCCUCUGGCGUGAAAACUUGACUGAGGAUGACCUUCAAAUCGACAACUUUGACUUCACCUUCAUCUCCGGAGAUUCCGCGUAUUACAAAACGCCACGAACCCGGGAACUCGACGUUAUCUUGGGCGAUUGUCAAGUCGCAAUUUUAGAACUGGAAACCGGAAUUAUGAUCUACCUCUCGGAACGCAUCUUAUCCGAGGCUACCGUCAUCUUAAGAAUUGGCAGGCUCGCGGCUGACCUAGAUUGUUUAAUUUCGAUGUCCACCUUGGCGAAAAACAGUAGCUAUGUCCGACCCAGCAUCAUCACGACGCCUGGGAGAUUCGAAAUCAUCGCGGGACGACACCCGCUCGUCGACGUGAUUGGCGGAUGUGUCCCCAACACUACAAAAUUUCUCGAAGCGGAGCGUGUCGUAGUGCUAACCGGGCCGAAUGCUAGUGGGAAAAGUGUCUAUUUAAAGCAGGUCGGCGUCAUUUGCAUCAUGGCGUUGAGUGGAUCCUUCGUCCCCGCCAAGUCCGUCAAGAUCCCCACUUUCGACCGGAUUUGUACCCGAAUUCACGCCCCGGAAUCUAUUUCCACAGGAAUUUCUAGCUUCAUGAUGGACCUGAAUCAAAUGUCACUCGCUCUACGGACCUCCACGGAUAGGUCGCUCCUCCUCAUUGACGAGUUUGGCAAGGGGACCGCCGAAACCGACGGACUCUGUUUGCUUGUCGCCAGUGUGAACGAUCUUCUCAACAGGAAAAACCAGUGUCCCGUUACCUUCGUGUCGACACACUUCAACACGAUGAUGAACUAUCUCGAUGACUCGAACGUCCUCAAGUUGCAGAGGAUGAAGUAUCUCCAGCAAGACGCCGGUGCCACGGGGGGAAUAACUUACCUCUACGAGUUGACUGAUGGCGUCUCCGUGUCCAGUUUUGCACGCCAAGUGGCACAAGAAAUCGGCCUUCCGAGUAACCUGAUUCAUCGAAGCGCUGAGAUGGAGCGCAUCGUCCGCAGCCGCGCCCCCAACCAGAAACUGAACCCCAACACGACUCAGGCUGCGAUGGAACGUCACCAAAAUCUGACUCAAGUGGGCGAGUGGUUCCUAAAAUUGGGCAUUUCUGCUCACAAUGCGACCCAAAUCGUCGACCGUGUCAACACCUUUCUUACCCAGCCUGCACCGUCUAUCCCGCCAAGCUCGACACGAUAGAUCAGAUUAGAUAAUUCACUCACGUGUCAAACUUUAAUUAGUCUUAAACAGGAAAUUUUUUAUUAAAACUACAUUUCAAGUCUUAAUCGAUACCAGUUUAAUAUUUAGUUGUCCUAGAAAUUCGUUCUAAAUAAUGUUAAUUUUAUUCUGAUGAUAAAAUUGAAAAUUUUUAUUAAAAUUUCAUUAUUUUCAUUUCGCAUGUUAAUCAAUAGUUUAUAAGAAUAGUUUGUUUAAAGAUCUGUCCCCAUUUUAAAGUGAAUAUUAAAAUUCAUAUUAUUUUUA